GUGCAAACCAGGAAUAAAAGGUCGGCAGUGUGAUCGCUGUGCUCCUGGUACUUACGGUUUCCCAAACUGCCUGCCGUGUAACUGUAACAGAGAUGGAACAGAGCCAGAUGUGUGCGAUCCCCACACAGGAAUUUGUCUCUGCAAGGAAAACGUUGAAGGAGCAGAAUGUGAUACUUGCCGACCGGGAUCCUUUUACCUGGACCCUUCUAAUCCCAAAGGAUGCACCUCUUGCUUUUGUUUUGGGGCAACCAGCAACUGUCGCAGCACAAAUCGUCGUAGAACCAAGUUUGUGGACAUGAGGAACUGGCGCUUGGAGGCAGUGGAUGAAAAUAUUGACAUUCCAGUCACUUUCAAUCCAGUCAGUAAUAGUGUGGUGGCUGAUGUUCAAGAAUUGCCUGCUUCUGUGCACAAUUUAUACUGGAAAGCACCACCAUCUUACCUGGGAGAGAAG